GUGACCAACGUUUCCCACUAGGGUUCAGGGUUUAGAGCAGUUGGGGCUAAUUUCCGCUCGGUGGUGGCUGUGAAGAAUAAGUAGCCCUCAACUUUUUCUCAGCCGACAGCCGUCGCCAUGUCCAACAACAACGCCAGCAACAACUUAAUAAUCGCUCAACGGGCCGUGAAGCAGCUCCGGUUAGAGGCCAGUAUCCGGAGGAUCAAGGUGUCCCAGGCUGCUGCUGAGCUGAGGAACUUCUGUCUGCAAAAUGCCUCCAAGGACCCCCUCCUGGUCGGGGUCCCCUCCAGUGAUAAUCCCUUCAGACCCCCCAAGUCCUGCUCCCUGUUCUGAGCAGGAAGAAAGUUGGAGGAUUUCUGAAUUUACCCGUCGAAGGCUUUCUUCACUUCUACUUGAUGCCGCUGUAGAUCGACCAGCAGCUCCUCUUGGGAUGAUGCAACAUGGGACUGAUGGGUUCGGGGGAGGGAAGUGCUCGUAUUGUUUGCCAAAUUUAGUGGUAUCAUAACUCCCAUCUGUUACAUUAAAGCAGGGCCAAAUGCUACAUGUUCAAAAAAAAAAAAAAAAAGUUGUUGACACUAACUUGACUAAUGAUUAAGCCUUUCUUGGUUUACCUAGUACUUAACAUGUCCGGUCUCAAUUUCCUGACCUAAUGGUGUCUGUGUCCAGUCGGUGAAAUUUAGCCCAUGUGACUGGCUACUGAAAGUGCAACUUCCUCUUGUAUUUAGUGUGGCAGGUCAAACAUUAAUUUAAACCAGGUGCUGUUAAACAAUCAGAACAUGUUGUGUUAUAUACACUGAAUUGUACUGUGUGUCUUUACAAAACACUAACUGUGUAUGUGGCCAUUAGACAAAGUGGUAGCUUUUGGGCUAAAUUGAUUGGUGUCUCAAACGAUCCAUGUAUCUGUGGCAAUGGUAAUGGUGUUCCUACUAAUCUAAGGUACAGCAACAUGGUACAGACUCUCAGUGCAGGGCGUGCAAUUGUCCUUUCAUCCAGUCUUUUUCCUGUAUAUAUUUAACAGCCUGUUAAGGUUGCUUUCGUUAGCCUAUAUGUUCCGUCUUUAAUUUAAAAAAACACGUUAAGGCCUUACACUGUUUGGAGAGUGAAACUUGAUAGCAAAUUUAAUGUAAAUCACUUUAGAUACACGAAUGGCCAAACAGCAAAUGUUAAUAUAUCUGUUCAAAACUUCCAAAUAUUGUUUGUAUUAAAUGAAUCGUGCUGCAGUGACUUGUUGCAUUAAUCGUUUUUCACACUGGAGUCAUAUUCCAUUCAACCAAAACUUUUACUACUGUUAGCCUGUAUCUUUCUUAACUUUGCUACUGUGGGCAACCUUUUAAAAAUUAAACUACUUUUUCGGACACUGA